AUUUCUCAGAGCUGGCAGUCCUGAUGUAAACAUUGCGAGGAUAGUGAGAGCUUGUGUGUGCUACUGUCAGCACCUGCUGCCACGUUCUCCGAUAUAAGUAUUAGUACUUCUUCUCAACACAUCGCAAAGAAAUACGUGGCACUAGGAUGGAAGCGACAGAAAACCCAGUAAUAACGAAGUUCACCCCCGUUGACUAUGCGAUCUUCAGCCUGUUGUUGGUGGCGUCAGCUGCCAUCGGUGUGGUUAGCGCCAUCAAGAGCCGAGGUAAAGCCUCCACACAGGAGUACCUGCUGGGAGGAAGAACCAUGUCUCCGGUACCAGUGGUCUUCUCUCUAUUAGGAGGCUGGAUCUCUGCAAUAUCAGUUUUAGGUAACCCCACCGAGAUGUAUUUCUACGGCACACAGCUCACUACUGUUUUAUUAGGUUGCAUCCCGGGUUCUCUCUUUGUUGGUCAUGUCAUUCUUCCGAUUCUCUAUGAGCUCAAAGUCGUCUCCAUCAAUGAGUAUAUACUACUGAGGUUCAAAUCGCGCUGGUUGAGGACACUGUCAACUUUGACUAUGUUGCUCAAUAACUUCCUCUACAUGGGCAUGUGUCUAUACGCUCCAACACUAGCACUGACUACAGUCACUGGACUCUCCACCUGGGCCUCCUCGCUCAUCAUGGGAACUAUCUGCACCUUCUAUAUAACUAUUGGAGGCGUGAAGGCAGUGGUGUACACUGAUGUAUUACAGACGUUGAUGAUGUUCUGUGGUGUGUUGGUGGUGGUCAUUAUCUGUUGCAUCGACCUGGGCGGUGUUGGCAACGUGUGGUCCAUCGCUGACCAUGGAGGUCGCAUUCAGUUUUUUAAUUUUGAUACCAGUCCCUACGAGCGCCACACCUUCUGGUCAACUUUGGUAUAUGGUUUCUUCAUCAUGGUGAACGGAGUUGGCUUUACUCAAAUUACAUACCAGAGGUUUGCCUCCGUCAGGACACUUCAAAUAUCACAAAGAUUACUUUAUGCAUUCGUGGUGGGACUGUACAUGCUGUGGAUAGUCUUUUACUUCUCCGGACUUGUAGCUUAUGCCAGCUAUAGUGACUGUGACCCAUUGACCUCGGGCAAGAUAAAGAAGACUGAUCAGAUUAUCCCGUUCUUAGUGAUGGACAAGUUGAGUCACCUGACAGGCAUGGCCGGCAUCUUCGUUGCUGGUGUAUAUGGCAGUGUACUCAGUACACUAUCGUCCUGUGGCAACUCGUUCGCUUGUAUAAUCUGGGAAGACUUCUUGAAGGAUCGCCCUUACUUCCAUCGCCUCAGUGAUGCCAGCGCCACCAACGUUGUCAAGCUCCUCUCUUUAAUAACUGGAAUGUUAGCUGUAUGUUUGAGUCUGUUGGUGGAGAAGAUGGGAGGCAUCUACCACGUGUCAAAUAGCAUCCUUUCAUCCAUUGCUGGACCACUCGCUGGUGUCUUUUUCUCGGGAAUGUGUGCACCGUGGGUUAAUGCAAAGGGCGCCAUCGUGGGUCUCAUCUUCUCCUUCUCCUUCAAUAUGUGGUUAGUUAUAGGGAAGUUUGUGAGAGGCGGCGGGUCACUAGUCCGCCUUCCGCUCUCUACUGAAGGCUGCGCAGGGAACCUCACGCUCCUCUUGAACAGCACCCUCAGCACCACCUCAGCGACUGAUAACGUGUUGGCCACCACCUCUCCAGCUGACGCUGUGCUACCCAUCAGUACUAUUUCUCAGGGGUCCACAGAGAGAACUCUCUACGAGCUGUCCUAUUGCUACUCAGGCGUGACUGGCAUCGCACUGACAUACAUAGUCAGCAGCUUCGUCUCCCUCUGUACUGGUGCAGUGAACCCUAAGGAUACAGCAGGGAUGGUUAAUCCAGUCUGUGGUGGGGUCUAUCACCGUAUGUGGUCGUUCUUUAAGAGUCGCCAUGCCGGCAGUCAAGAAACACUCAAGGAAAAGGAGGCGAUUAAAAUGUCCGAAGCAAAUAGGGCCACCACCUCGGCCUCACUACCAUCAACAGCCGUCUCAACACAGCCUAGUCCACAGAGAGAACUCUCUACGAGCUGUCCUAUUGCUACUCAGGCGUGACUGGCAUCGCACUGACAUACAUAGUCAGCAGCUUCGUCUCCCUCUGUACUGGUGCAGUGAACCCUAAGGAUACAGCAGGGAUGGUUAAUCCAGUCUGUGGUGGGGUCUAUCACCGUAUGUGGUCGUUCUUUAAGAGUCGCCAUGCCGGCAGUCAAGAAACACUCAAGGAAAAGGAGGCGAUUAAA